AUGGAUGAGGAAAUACGGAGUGUAUCAACGCAAAGCCUCUCCUUUUAUGAAAAAUGCAUCGAAUUCAUUAUGCACCGUUUCCGCUUCUUAUUUGUGGUCCCAAUCUUGCUGCCGCUCAGUGUUCUAUACAACUUGUUUUUCGCGAUUCGUAAUUGGAUUGUCAUCCGCGUGAACUCGGCACCCAAGGCACACGAUCGCAAAGUUGCUCUCAUCCAGAAACAGAUUCGUGAAUGGAAUGAAAGCGGGCAAAAAACGAAAAUGUGCACUGCAAGAUCGGGAUGGAUGACAAUGAGCUUCAGGAUUCCUUUAUACAAGAAAAGCCUAAAGCAAAUCCGCACUGACACUCUCAUUGAUAUUCUCGAACUUGACACUGAAAAAAUGUGCAUUAAAGUGGAACCAAUGGUUACGAUGGGUCAAAUCACUCGCUACUUAAUUCCAUUGGGUUACACAUUACCAAUUGUACCAGAACUGGAUGAUCUUACUGUCGGUGGAAUGAUCAAUGGAUGUGGCGUUGAAGCAUCGGGAAAGAAAUAUGGAAUGUUCCAGCACAUUUGCCUAUCUUAUGAGCUUGUAAUGUCUGACGGAUCGAUUUUAACCGCAAAAAAAAUUGAGGAGAAACCAGCAAACCAAGAGGAAGCUGAUAUGCACACGUUGUUCUUUGGAAUUCCAUGGAGCCAUGGAACUAUUGGUUUUUUGACGGCUGCAACAAUUCGCAUAAUUAAGUGUCGACCGUUUGUAAAACUUGUUUAUUAUCCGACUAACUCUUUGGAGGAGUUCUCCGCCAAAAUCACCGCAGAAGCUGAUAAUCGAGAAAACGAAUUUGUUGAAGGUCUCAUCUUUAGUAAGAAUGAAGGGGUAGUAAUGAGAGGAAGAUUCUCUGAUGGACCAAUUGAUGAAAAAGGAACAGUUAACGCCAUUGGACUGUGGUAUAAAAAAUGGUUUUAUACCCAUGUGGAAGACAUAAUGAAAACUCAAAAAGUGAAAACGGAGUUCAUUCCACUGAGAGAUUAUUAUCAUCGACACUCGAAAAGUAUUUUCUGGGAGCUCAAAGAAAUUGUUCCAUUCGGAAACAAUAUAAUCUUCCGUUUCUUAAUGGGAUGGAUGUGCCCACCAAAAAUUUCGUUAUUGAAAGUUACAACUACAAGUACCCUUCGAAAGCUUUACGAUCGGCAACAUGUUCUUCAAGAUAUGCUUGUUCCACUUAAAGAGCUCACAAACACAGUUGAAGUUUUUCACAAUGAAGUUGAAAUAUACCCAUUGUGGAUUUGUCCGUUCAAGCUACCUUCGUGCCCGGGAAUGUUGCGACAACGAUCCGGAUCGAGUGUAAUGUACGUGGACGUUGGAGCUUACGGAAUUACGAAAAAGAAGUCAUAUGACGCUGUUGAAACAACACGACGUAUUGAAGCUUUCGUUCGUUCUGUUAAAGGAUUUCAAAUGCUUUAUGCUGAUACGUAUAUGACUCGUGCCGAAUUCUGGGAGAUAUAUGCCGCCGCUUGUGAGGCUGACACAACUAUGAGUUUUCAAGCCGUAUUGACGUUCAAGACGGUUGUGAUUGAAAAAAACCUAAAUGUGCAAGAUGUAUUUGAGUCAAGAUCUGAAAAACGCCAUCUUUUGUACAUUGCUCUUUCGCAAUGUACAACGCUAGGAUUUUGCUCCAACGGACACGCCGUAGUCAACGUAACGGCUCAGAAACUUUUAACCCUUCCACCCAUUCCAGAUAAUUUUGAAAAUUAUCUGAACAUUAGUAAUAAAAGUGAAAUGGAGGAGAUUUGGCAUCUUGUAUCUCAAAUGAUGCACGAAUAUUUGCAUUCGAUCGGCGCAUUCCAUUCAUCAAUAGGGUUAAUGAGUGGAUUGGUCCAGACGACUAGCUCCCUUAAAAUGACUGAACGGGUAAACUUCAUAUUUUACAUAAAGGAUAUCGAGAACGUGAAUGAUGUAACAGCUAAGAUAACAGCUGUAGGUGAUUUCGUUUUUGAGAAACUUCGUCACGAAAUUGCGGAUUGUACUCGCGAUUUUGCAAUUGAUGUUAAAGUAGCUGGGCAAAAUCCAGACGGAUCCAAAACCGAAUUACGCGAAUCCGGCAAAAUCAACAUACAAUUUUUUGUUGGUUACAUGAAAUUCGAUUCAAAUGGUGGCUUGGUGCAGCUGUCGAAAGCCAACGUGGAAGACCUUCCGACAAGAAUUAACGUAAACGAUAAAAUAUCAGACUUCACUCAAAAGCAAAUCACAUCAUUUGUUGGGCUAUUGGGAAAACUCACUCAUGAAUUAUUCCGCGUGCUUGGUGCUGGACAACGCUUCAGAGGUUUCGUGUACAAGACUCUCAUUAAGAAAUGCACAUAUUUCAACCAAUUGAAACUAGGAUCAAUUCUAGGCAAUACCAACUGGAUCAUUGUUUACAAUUCGCUUCUUGUGAAUUCCAACUCGAACGUCGCUGUUUAUUUCCAAAAACUUGAGACAGGAAACGUGCUGAUUACAAGCACCGAACCAAUUGUCGCAAUUAUUUUUCGCCAUGAAGUUGAUAUCGUGAAGGAACAAUUUUUCCUUCAUCCGAAUAUCUGUGUUUUUACGACAACAUGUCAACUUCCACCAGCAUGGGAUUUCAUUAUUAUCAUCUGCCGUAUGGGACCAGUCAAACAGUUUCACCGUUUUCAAUUGGGACUUUGA